AUGGGUGAACAUGAAUUUCCAGAGGUCGAAGGAGGAGGGUCGCUGAUAUUGGCAUGGCAGAUUCGGAAUAAGAGAGUGUUGGUCGUGGGAGGUGGGGAGGUAGCGGCAGGAAGAAUAUUAAACGUUCUCAACGCAGAUGCAAAAGUCACUGUAGUCUCACCGCGAGAAGGGCUGAAUCCCGAAGUGGCAUAUCGAGUGCAAAAAGGACAGGUAGAUUUCGUCGAUCGCAAAUUCGAACCCUCAGAUCUUGACAAUGUCGAUAUGGUGCUCACAGCCGUGGACGACCCUGAAGCAUCGACGCAGAUAUGGAAGCUAUGCAAGGAGAGAAAGAUAGCAGCGAACAUAGCGGAUGUGCCUCCAGAAUGCGACUUUUAUUUUGGCAGUGUUCACCGAGACGGUCCUCUACAAAUUAUGGUUAGCACCAAUGGCAAGGGCCCGCGAAUCGCAAACUUUGUUCGGCGAUCAAUAGCAGCAAAUCUGCCGCCGAACCUUGGUGAAGCUAUUGAAAAUACUGGAAAGCUCCGGCAGAUGCUCAGGAAGGUCGCGCCAGGCCCAGAAGAGGGACCCAAACGAAUGGCUUGGAUGAUACGCUGUACGGACGAUUAUGGGUACGAAAAGCUCCGCGAAAUGGAUGAUGUCGAUAUGGCGAAUCUCCUAAAGUACUACAAGUCGAACAAGGUCCCGCGGUUCGAAUGUUUAAAGGCGAUGAGGGGCGAAUUUGACGCAUUCGAUGGUUCUUUCGGCUUUUGUGUUGGCUGGGGAUAG